CGGCGGAACCUGAGGCAGCUUUCCCUCCCGCCCCAUGGAGCGGCCCCCGGGGCUGCGGCCGGGCGCGGGCGGGCCCUGGGAGAUGCGGGAGCGGCUGGGCACCGGCGGCUUCGGGAACGUCUGUCUGUACCAGCAUCGGGAACUUGAUCUCAAAAUAGCAAUUAAGUCUUGUCGCCUAGAACUAAGUACCAAAAACAGAGAACGGUGGUGCCAUGAAAUCCAGAUCAUGAAGAAGUUGAACCAUGCCAAUGUUGUAAAGGCCUGUGACGUUCCUGAAGAAUUGAAUAUUUUGAUUCAUGAUGUGCCUCUUCUAGCAAUGGAAUACUGUUCUGGAGGAGAUCUCCGAAAGCUGCUCAACAAACCAGAAAAUUGUUGUGGACUUAAAGAAAGCCAGAUACUUUCUUUACUAAGUGAUAUAGGGUCUGGGAUUCGAUAUUUGCAUGAAAACAAAAUUAUACAUCGAGAUCUAAAACCUGAAAACAUAGUUCUUCAGGAAGUUGGUGGAAAGAUAAUACAUAAAAUAAUUGAUCUAGGAUAUGCCAAAGAUGUUGAUCAAGGAAGUCUGUGUACAUCUUUUGUGGGAACACUGCAGUAUCUGGCCCCAGAGCUCUUUGAGAAUAAGCCUUACACAGCCACUGUUGAUUAUUGGAGCUUUGGGACCAUGGUAUUUGAAUGUAUUGCUGGAUAUAGGCCUUUUUUGCAUCAUCUACAGCCAUUUACCUGGCAUGAGAAAAUUAAGAAGAAAGAUCCAAAGUGUAUAUUUGCAUGUGAAGAGAUGUCAGGAGAAGUUCGGUUUAGUAGCCAUUUACCUCAACCAAAUAGCCUUUGUAGUUUAAUAGUAGAACCCAUGGAAAACUGGCUACAGUUGAUGUUGAAUUGGGACCCUCAGCAGAGAGGAGGACCUGUUGACCUUACUUUGAAGCAGCCAAGAUGUUUUGUAUUAAUGGAUCACAUUUUGAAUUUGAAGAUAGUACACAUCCUAAAUAUGACUUCUGCAAAGAUAAUUUCUUUUCUGUUACCACCUGAUGAAAGUCUUCAUUCACUACAGUCUCGUAUUGAGCGUGAAACUGGAAUAAAUACUGGUUCUCAAGAGCUUCUUUCAGAGACAGGAAUUUCUCUGGAUCCUCGGAAACCAGCCUCUCAAUGUGUUCUAGAUGGAGUUAGAGGCUGUGAUAGCUAUAUGGUUUAUUUGUUUGAUAAAAGUAAAACUGUAUAUGAAGGGCCAUUUGCUUCCAGAAGUUUAUCUGAAUGUGUAAAUUAUAUUGUACGGGACAGCAAAAUACAGCUUCCAAUUAUACAGCUGCGUAAAGUAUGGGCUGAAGCUGUGCACUAUGUGUCUGGACUAAAAGAAGACUACAGCAGGCUCUUUCAGGGACAAAGAGCAGCAAUGUUAAGUCUUCUUAGAUAUAAUGCUAACUUAACAAAAAUGAAGAACACUUUAAUCUCAGCAUCACAACAACUGAAAGCUAAAUUGGAGUUUUUUCACAAAAGCAUUCAGCUUGACUUGGAGAGAUAUAGCGAGCAGAUGACGUAUGGGAUAUCUUCAGAAAAAAUGCUAAAAGCAUGGAAAGAAAUGGAAGAAAAGGCCAUCCACUAUGCUGAGGUUGGUGUCAUUGGAUACCUGGAGGAUCAGAUUAUGUCUUUGCAUGCUGAAAUCAUGGAGCUACAGAAGAGCCCCUAUGGAAGACGUCAGGGAGACUUGAUGGAAUCUCUGGAACAGCGUGCCAUUGAUCUAUAUAAGCAGUUAAAACACAGACCUUCAGAUCACUCCUAUAGUGACAGCACAGAGAUGGUGAAAAUCAUUGUGCACACUGUGCAGAGUCAGGACCGUGUGCUCAAGGAGCUGUUUGGUCAUUUGAGCAAGUUGUUGGGCUGUAAGCAGAAGAUUAUUGAUCUACUCCCUAAGGUGGAAGUGGCCCUCAGUAACAUCAAAGAAGCUGACAAUACUGUCAUGUUCAUGCAGGGAAAAAGGCAGAAAGAAAUAUGGCAUCUCCUUAAAAUUGCCUGUACACAGAGUUCUGCCCGGUCCCUUGUGGGAUCCAGUCUAGAAGGUGCAGUAACCCCUCAGACAUCAGCAUGGCUGCCCCCAACUUCAACAGAACAUAAUCAUUCUUUGUCAUGUGUGGUAACUCCUCAAGAUGGGGAGACUUCAGCACAAAUGAUAGAAGAAAAUUUGAACUGCCUUGACCUUUUAAGCACUAUUAUUCAUGAGGCAAAUGAGGAAGAACAGGGCAGUAGUAUGAUGAGUCUUGAUUGGAGUUGGUUAACAGCAUGACUUGUCACUUCUUCACUGUCCCCAAACCUAUGGAAGUUGUCAUUAUACAUGUUGGAAAUGUGUUUUUCCUGCAUGAAACCAUUCUUCAGACAUCAGUCAAAGGAAGAAAUGGCUUUGGACAGAAGCUACAUUUCUACUAUGAUCAGAAGAACAUGAUUUUACAACUAGAACAUUUUUGAGUAAUUCAAGCCUCUAAACAGAUAGGAAUUUAUUUUUUAAAAAUCAGUAGACUUGUUUUAAUACCACAGCUAUUCAGGAACAUCAUCAUGACACAUUUGUCUUUAAUCUUGGUAAAACAUGACUUAUUUAACUGUAAAAAUACCUUCUAUGUAUUAGUUUUAACUUUUAACUUUUGGGCGUAAGGCCAAAUGUAAUUUUGUAUACAGAGAAGAAAACUUCAACUAAUAGGCAUUUUAAAUAAAAGUUGUCUACCUGUGUUUUUUCUAAAAAGGCUGCUCACAAGUAAAGUUACAUUUCUUGAAGAAUAAAUUCUACCUCCUUGUGUUGCAUUCAACAGGUGCUCUUCCUGGCAUCAUAAGGAGUUGGUGUAAUCAUUUUAAAUUCUACAGAAAAUUUAACAGUAUCCCCUUCUCACCAAAGCGAGUGUGUAUCUGCUCCUAAUGUUAGUUGGCUUUCAUAAAUCAUGUUGUUAUGUGUAUAUGUAUUUAAGAUGUACAUUUAAUAUCAAAGAGAAGAUGCCUGUUAAUUUAUAAUGUAUUUGAAAGCUACAUGUUUUUUCUCAUUUGUAAAAAUUAAUUAUUUGUUUAAACAAUCUUUUAUGUCUUGUUAUACAAAUUUAUAAAGGUCUGCACUCCUGUAUCUGUAAUUGUAAUUCCAAAAUCCAAAAAGCUCUGAAAACAAGGUUUCCAUAAGCUUGGUGACAAAACUCAUUUUCUUGCAAUCUACUCUGAACUGACCUUGAAUCUUUUUAUCCCAUUUAGUUAACAGAGUGACUUGUCAAUUGUUCAUUGUCCCCAAACCUGUGGAAGUUGUUGCUAUACAUGUUGGAAAUGUGUUUUUUUGCUGCUUGAUGAUUUGUGGGGGAGUGUGCUGCCAGUCUCUGAUGAGGGCUGGUUAAUGUAGUAUGGUAUACGCACAAAAUUACCUUUCUAAAAUCUAAAACUUCAUAAUUCUGAAACAUCUUGCCCCAAGGGUUUCCGAUAAAGGACUGUGGACCUCUAUCAUCUGUUAAGUAAUUUAGAAGAUAUUGUUUGUCUCAAAAAAUGUGAAAUGCUUUUAUAUUCUAACAGUUUUUCACCACUUUGUGUAUUAAAUGGUUUUUAAAUUA